CCUCUACUCCGAACAGCCAACCAUGGCCCAGGCUAGUGGAUUUUGUUUUCGAACCUCAAUUUCAUAAAAUUAACGCUAGCUGUCUAUAAUUGCGACCAUGUCUAUACCCAAAAAGGUGCUGGCACAGCGGUGGAUGCCAGUAGACCAAUACCCGCUCACGAAAGCUAUCAACUCGCAUGUGCUUAAGAAGCUUAAGCGACGGACCGUUCUCCAGGCGAGCAUUGUGAGCGAAAAACUCUGUGCCGAUGUCCUCCAACGUGUUUCUCCCUACCUGAACAAAGCCUCGCCCAUUGAUAUUCUCGACCUCUGGCCCAAUGCCGGUCUUCUUUCCUCCACAAUCCAUAAUUAUCUCCGCCCCCGUCGCCAUCUUCUCGUCGAACCCGACCUAGCUUGCUAUAAACCUUGGCUCCAGCGACUAGUGGACAGCGAUCCCAGCUACAAACUGAUAUCCGAGGAAAUCUACACUCGCCGAGACUGGGCGGAAGUGUUUGAAGCACACCUUCCGGAGCAAGUAAGCUCUCAUCAGAAACAAAUAGCUGGUCAAUCGCUGCCCAGGAAUGAUACCCUCCUUAUACUUGCCAGCCCGCCCGUCCCGGCACAGAAAGCGGACCACUACACGCCGCAGCGAUGGUGGAGCGCAAUGAUGGAAAGCUGUAUGCAGCAGAGAGGUGUUCAUAAAUAUGGAAGUGUUCGAAUUCUGGCAUCACUCCCGCCGGGGGAGGUGGAAGGUAUCUUGCCUCGGACGGUGGCUGAACGCAGGCGGCCAGCCCUGUUGACGGAGACUGUCGCAUCGCGCGCCUUUGAAGUGGCCGGGUGCUACGAGGAAGAGGACUCAUGGGUGACCAUCAAGCCACUGGAAGUGACUCUCAAAGGCCGAGAGCGAGUCGCGGAAAGAGCUUCAGUGCACCAGGUUGUUGUCCCGGCUGGUCGUGAAGCUCCGCCCUUGAAGCUAGCUCCGGUGUCUCUAAAACACGAUAGAUCAGAGGUGCCUCAUUCUCCACGAAUCUUCACGGGGCGACAUCAGACCCUCCUCGACGAUAUCGAGGCUGGGAAUCAAGGGGACCCCAAAACUCCUAUCACAAAAUCGCCGGCCAAAACGGCGCGACAGAAAGCUCAGAUGGCCCUCCACAAGGAGAACGCGAUCUCACACAGCCGACACGAGCUGGCGCGCCUUGAAAUUGAGGUCGACCAGGCGUCGCAAACUCUGUCACGAGCCGCUGCGGAUCCUACCAAGACUACCGAGGAAUUGGAGCAGCUCGAUCACCAUAUUGGGGCUCGAAAAACUGCGUUGACCGAUCAACUCGCCAGCCUGCAUCAUCGUCUGUACAAAAGCUGGGAUCGCCUUGUGGAUGACUAUCGUACGAUGAACGCGUCGAACAACUUUGACGAGUCAGUCUUGCUCUAUGAUCGACGACCAUCGGAGCCGUUACUCAUUGACCGGUUUGAGCUGUUCCCACGCGAGCCACGUACUAUCGUGUACUUCGAGCCGGACGCCAACCCCGAGUUCCUGAACAAGCUCAGCCAUCUAUCAAAGGAGCAACGGCAACAUAUCGAGGGCCUGUUUGAGGCAUUGUCGUCCGUGUUCGGCCCUCGUAAUCACAUCACCGUCGGCGAAUUGCUCAAAAUUCUAUUCCUGGAGCGUCCCUCCAACGACAUUAUCAAGGCUGUUCCCACCCUCGCGCCCUUUGCGAUCAAGCGUCUCAAGCCCGGCCACGGGGCUGUGCCACUGGCCGACCCGACCGUGGACUCGAAUACCGUCUUCCAAGAGAACCUCAACUACGAUGUCAGUGAUGUGCGUCUCCGGUGUAUCCCCAGUGGUGUGAUGUGGGAUAUCCUGCUGGAGUACCAAAAACACGCGCCGGACAUCACGGCAAUCCAAUUCAGCCGCAUGAUCGGAGGCACGCUGACCUCGUUCCGAGCCGGACGCAACCUGAUGGUCGUGCCGAAACGAAUGCACUAAAACCCCAGGUUUUCUUGUUUGUGUGGGCUGCGCCAUGCACAGAAUCGUCAUCAUCGUACGCCUUUCUCCAUCCCUCGGUGCGCCACCAUAUGUACUUUUAUCAGACUAGACGCUCUUGUACGAUUAGCAUCUUUUUGUUGUUUCCCACGUGUAUAAUACGUCACUGGGCAGUGCUAUGUAAUAGCAUGUCAAAUUCCCCCGUAUUUUUCUAAUUUCCGGU